GAGAGAGAGAGAGAGAGAGAGAGAGAGAGACAAUCCUUCUGGCUACGAGGCGACGAGGCUAAAGGAAAAAAAAAAGUUAACAAGUGGAGUUACUCGUUGAUCGUUCAACGAGACAGUUCGCUUAUUUCUAAAGUGCCGGAUUUUGUUUUUGUUUUUUGUUUGUUUGUUUGUUUCUCAAGUCAUCAUGAGGCCGGUAUUUCUUCUGGCAUUUUUGGUGUUGUUGGCCAUGGCGUCGAGUGCCCGAGGACAAGCGUGCCCAAUGGGUACUCUGGGUGAUCAGUGCCGGUGUGAACCAGCUAAUCCUGGUACUUUCAAGAUCACCUGUACUUGUGCGAAAGGACGGGACCUGACCAUCUCCGACCGCUCGACCGUCGGCCUCUCGUCCACCGUCGUCGGCUUCCACAUCGAGAACUGCAACAGCUCCGUCAUCGUCCAGUCGCACUCGUUCGACCACCUCUUCAACCUCGAGAGGAUGAGCUUCCGCAACAUCUUCAACCUGGUCCUCGAGAGCCGCAGCCUGGACCUCGAGAACUACAACCCCAAGGACUUCCAGCUGAGCAUCGACACGGUCCUGAACCUGUAUUUGAAGGAGGAAUCCGUCCAGCUGGAUGGUCUCGAGGGCUCGCGCAUGGGCACCGCGGUCACCAUCAGGAACGCCUUCGUCGUCGAGAUGGCGCCGGCCUCCAUCGCGGGGUCCCUGAGGAAGCUGAGUUUCGAGAACCUCAUCUUCGGGCGGCUGGUGCAGAGCGGGACCGUGGACGUGGGUUCCAGAGGCUGCGAGGUCAGCCUCACCAACUGCGACGUCUCCAACCACGGCCUCGAAUCCGGCUGGCUCAGCGGCCACGUGACCCACCUGUCGCUCGUGAACAACAGCCUGACUCUGCUCCCCGACGCCUUCUCCGGCGUCACCAUGGUCGGGAGCGCCCCGAGCUUCACCCUGGAGAACAACGUCCUGGGCGAGUUCCGCAGCAAGGGCGGCCCCUCGCUCCCCUCGGGCGCGCUCCACCUCAACACCUCCGGCGCCGCGGUGGAGGCCGAGGCCGCGAACAACCGCCUGAAGUGCGGCUGCGAUGACCUCGCCUGGCUGCUGGAGGAGCCGUCGACGCGCUUCAAGUGGCAGGUCAGGUCGUCGCUGGUGUGCUCCAACGGCACGAUAAACGAGGCCAUCGCCAGGUGCAGGCCCGGCGGCACGACCCCGAGCUCGGCGACCUUGACCUCGUUGACCUUCACACUGACACUGGCUCUGCUUCUGGUUCUGAGAUGGGUCAAUUAAUCGCCUUUUCCGUUUUGAGGAUGUCAUUACAUUAAUGACAUCGUUAUGUACAGCUUGUCUCUUAAUUUUCCUGUCUGUCAUUAAUGUUGUAUCAAUGGCGAUAAGAAUAUGGUUGUGUUUUAGGUCACUGCUUCCUAUUUAUGGCUAAUUAUCAAGCACAUUAUCGUCAUCAUACUUUAGCUGAAAUCUUCAUUAUGAAAAUAUCCACCUUUUCAUUAUCAUCAUGUUUAUCAUCCCUUUCGCAACUUCUUUCAUCAUAGGUGAGUGAAAUGACUGUUGUCAUUGUUAUAGGGAGAGAAAUUUUAAUGCCAUGAAAAAAAUAGAAUACAUUAAAAAUGAUUCAUCUGGACUGUACUUUUGCGUCGGAGGAAACGGAAAUAUUUAUGUAAAUAAAGUUGUAUAUUAA